CACAUUCUCACACACACCCACAGUCCACACACACACGCACGCAUCCGUCAGUGUGAGUCCUCUCCACUCACUGCGCUUCUCUCCAUCCGUGCGUCCUGUGCGUCCUGUGCGCACCGCCGUGUCCUGGUUGCCGCUGCCGCUGUUUUGGACUUUUGGAUAAAACAGUUUGUGAGAGUCAUGGAUUCGCAAUCUCCGGCCCUGAUGAAGCUGUCAGAGGAGCAGCUCAAAGUACUGGAGGAUAGUUUCAAAGGCUGCAAGUACCCGGACGAAACCAUGCUCAUGUUGGUGGCCGCGGAGUGUGGACUGUCGGAGCAGGACACACAAAAAUGGUUCAGGCGACGUUACGCACAGUGGCGACAGUCUGAGGGUCUUCCAGCCAAACUGGGCUCGGUUUUGGAUUAAGGGUUCUGCUUUCCCGAAGGCCCCGAGGCUCAUCGCUGACCCCGUUUGGCCAAGACAAGAAGACGUCUUCACCUCAUCCUCGUCUUCCUGCUCCUCCACUACCUACUACUCCGCCUUCCUCCUCCACCUCCUCCUGUGUUCACGUCUCUUUGUUGUAUCUAUGAAGCUAUUUUAACUUACAGAAUGUGAAGUUGUAUGUGUUUUUGUUGCCAAUUAUAACCUCCAUGUUUACAGAAAUAAAUGUAUUGAUAUUAAGUUAAA